AUGACAAUCGGCAUUCACAACAUGACAGUUGAGGAGCUCGCAACAUGGCUGCAAGAUAAACCUGCUCAUGCAACCUUCAUUGACGUUCGUGAAUAUGCUGAACUCGAAGAGCAGGGGGUGAUAAGUGGAUACGAUGGAAAUAUUCCCUGGUUCUUAACGAACACCAACUCUGAAUUAUUCGACCAAAAAUUCUCUGCCAUUGACAAGGACGAGCAGCUUGUUAUUUCUUGUAGAUCCGGUAGAAGAAGCGGAUUCGCUGCUGAAUACGUUGUGUCCAAACUCGGAUUUACAAAUGUGUACAAUGUGAAGGGCGGUAUUUUAGACUGGAUCGGUCAUGGAUAUCCAGUUGAACAAGUAUAG